AUGUUUCUUAUGAUUCACAGAGCACAGUCUCGGGAUGAUUCAUACCUGUCUGCUUUGGAUGUUGUUCUUGAAAAGCACCGAGCAACGGCUCUUGAUUUGCUUGAUGGAGACGAACACGCGAGUUUCUUGGCUCGGUUGCAUGAUGAUAUAAACAAUCUCAAAGCAAUGCUUCGUGCUAUUCACAUAGCUGGUCAUGCAACAGAAGCUCUGUUGAUAGAUACAUUACCUUCUCGUAAAUACCUGCAAGCCAAUAUCAACAUCCGUGCUAUAGCUCAAGGUUGUUCCGAGUUCAAUAUUACAGUAGUUAUCAAGCAUGAAGAUUGCAUUAGGGCAUUAAGAGCAGUGCACUCAAGAUUUUACCUUUCGAGAACCACGUUAGCAAUGGGAAUCAUAGGACCGGGUUUAAUUGGUGGAACCUUACUUGAUCAGAUUGGAGAUCAGGCUGUAGUACUCAAAGAAGAGUUUAAAAUUGACUUACGAGUUAUAGGGAUCACUGGCUCAAGUAAAAUGUUGAUGAGUGAAUCCUUGUCAAGCAGUUUGCCUUGCAUCCUUACGAUUUUACCAAACUGUGUCUUCAAUAAAAGAGACCCAAUCAUCCUUGGAGUUAAAGUCACCAAUGGUAUACUCAAGGUUGGAGUUUAUGAGUAUUUAUGGAUAUUGGUAGAAAAAACACAGAGAGUUCGAGGACGUAAGAUGGAUAAAAAAUGGGGAAAGGAGGAUAGAUAG